UGUCAGACGGCUCCCAAAAAUUUUUUCUCUUCCCUCCUUUCUUGCCCCAGUAGAGCACUACUACAGCUUCCCUUUUUCUGCUAUCUUCACCGAAGCAGACCCCCUUUCCUACUCCACUUGUCUUCUUAUCAGAGAUAAAAAACCACCCAACAUGGCCGACCAGCAGCUUACAGAUAUCGCCGGAGAUCAGAUUGAGUCGAACUACGAUGAGGUUGUCGAUGAGUUCGAUGCCAUGGAUCUGAAGCCCGAGUUGCUCAGAGGAAUUUUCGCUCACGGUUUCGAGCACCCUUCCUCCAUCCAGCAGCGUGCUAUCAUGCCCGUCAUCAAGGGCCGUGAUGUUCUCGCCCAGGCCCAGUCCGGUACCGGAAAGACUGCCACUUUCUCGAUCUCCGUUCUCCAGAAGAUUGACACCAACGUCAAGCAGUGCCAGGCUCUUAUCCUCGCCCCUACCCGUGAGCUUGCCCAGCAGAUCUUGAAGGUCGUCCUCGGAAUCGGCGAGUACAUGAACGUCACCUGCCACGCCUGCAUUGGUGGUACUGCCAUCAGAGAUGACGUCCGAAUCCUCCAGGAGGGUGUUCAGGUCGUUGUCGGAACCCCUGGUCGUGUCCACGAUAUGAUCCAGCGUCGUGCUCUGCGCACUGACAACAUCAAGCUCUUCGUUCUCGAUGAGGCCGAUGAGAUGCUUUCGCAAGGUUUCAAGGACCAGAUCUACGACAUCUUCCAGCUUCUCCCUCCCUCCACCCAGGUUGUCCUUCUUUCGGCUACCAUGCCCAAGGAGGUCCUCGAGGUCACCACCAAGUUCAUGCGUGAUCCCGUCAGAAUUUUGGUGAAGAAGGAUGAACUUACCCUUGAAGGUAUCCGACAGUUCUACGUUGCUGUCGAGAAGGAGGACUGGAAGCUCGACACUCUUACCGAUCUGUACGAGACUGUUACUAUCACACAGGCUGUCAUCUUCUGCAACACCAGAAGAAAGGUCGACUGGUUGACCGACCAGCUCCGCGCCAAGGACUUCACUGUCUCGGCCAUGCACGGAGACAUGGACCAGAACCAGAGAGAUGUCAUUAUGUCUGAGUUCCGAUCCGGAUCCUCGCGUGUGCUUAUCACCACCGAUCUGCUGGCCAGAGGUAUCGAUGUCCAGCAGGUUUCGCUUGUCAUCAACUACGACUUGCCCGUCAACAAGGAGAACUACAUCCACAGAAUCGGUCGUGGUGGUCGUUUCGGUCGUAAGGGUGUUGCCAUCAACUUCUUGACCGACGAUGAUGUCAAGGUCAUGAGAGAUAUCGAACAGUUCUACAGCACCCAGAUCGAGGAGAUGCCCAUGGACGUUGCUGACCUUAUAUAAAUGCAGUAACCGUUUGUUGGUGAUAAUACUACUACAUUAACCUAGUUGUAGUGAAUGAAAAUUUGUUGCUUUUUUCUCUCUUUUUCUUUUCCAUUCGUCGUGCUUAUUUUGUUGAAUGAUCAUUUCAAACGCUUCUUCUUUUUUUGUGUAUUCCGAUGCUUCUCUUCCCUUUUCUUCACUGAAGACUCUUUGGCGACGUAAAAAGCCUGGCUGUAAUGUAGCAAUCUUUUCAUGAUAAUAUAAAGUCGAGAUAAUAAUAAGCGAAGCGGUGAAUAUU